AUGGCAGAAGUAGCAAAAAAUAAAAAUACCGAAAAUUUAAAUAGAAAUGAAAAGCAAAGUGAUGUAAGGCAAAUGAAUAUUUUAGCAGCUAAGGCUGUUGCUGAUGUAACUAGAACCAGUUUAGGUCCUAAAGGAAUGGAUAAAAUGAUUGAAGAUGGUAAAGGAGGUGUUAUAAUAACAAAUGAUGGAGCAACCAUUUUGAAAGAAAUGGCAGUUGCACAUCCAACAGCAAAAAUGAUAGUUGAGCUUAGUAAAGCUCAAGAUGUGGAAGCAGGAGAUGGUACUACUUCAGUUGUUGUUAUGUGUGGUUCAUUUUUAAAUGUGUGUAAAUCUCUUUUAGAUAGAAAUAUUCACUGCCAAAAAAUAUCUGAAAGUUUUUUUGAAGCAUCUGUUAAAAGUGAAGAGAUACUAAGAAGCAUGGCUAUACCUAUUGAUUUAAAUGAUAAAAAUAUGCUAAUAAAAAGUGCUAUAACAUCAUUAAAUUCAAAGGUGGUUUCACACAAUUCAUCGUUAUUAGCACCGAUAGCCGUUGAUGUCAUAUUAAAAAUUACUGAUAUUAACAAAGAUACAAAUGUUGACCUGAAUAAUAUAAGAAUUGUAAAAAAAUUGGGUGGUACAAUUGAAGAUACUGAAAUAGUAGAUGGUUUAAUUUUUACAAGUAAUAAAAUUAGCAAGAGAGCACAUGGAAUAAAAAGUUUAUCUCAAGCAAAAAUUGGAUUGAUUCAAUUUUGCUUAUCAUUACCAAAAACCGAUAUGGAUAAUACAGUUGUAGUAAAGGAUUAUAAUAGUAUGGAUAGAUUAUUAAGAGAAGAGAGAUUAAUAAUUGGUAAAAUGAUAAAAAAAAUAGCUAGCACUGGGUGUAACUUAUUAUUAAUACAGAAAAGUAUAUUACGUGAUGCCGUUAAUGAUUUAGCAUUAGACUUUUUAUCAAAAGCGAAAAUAAUGGUUAUAAAAGAUAUAGAAAGAGAAGAUAUUGAAUUUAUAUCAAAAACUUGCAAUUGCAUUCCUGUAGCUAGCUUAGAUUAUUUUACCCCUGAUAAAUUGGGUUAUGCAGAAACUGUAGUAACAGAAUCCAUUGGAUAUGGAGAAAUAGUAAAAAUAACAGGAGUUCAAUCAAAAAAUACCAUUUCUGUUUUAUUAAGAGCAUCAAAUAAUUUAAUGCUAGAUGAAGCAGAAAGAUCAUUGCAUGAUGCGUUAUGUGUUGUUAGAAGUUUAAUUAAAGAAAAAGCUAUAUUGCCCGGUGGAGCAGCAGCUGAAAUGGAAUUAUCUCAGAAAUUAUAUCAGUGGGCUAAUACAUUAAAAGGAUCUAAACAAAUAUGUGUUAAAGCAUUUUCAGAUGCAUUAGAAUUAAUUCCAUAUACCUUAGCUGAAAAUGCAGGAUUGUCUCCACUUCAUAUUGUUACUGAAUUAAGAAAUAAGCACGCAGAAGGUCAUAAAUAUUAUGGAAUAAAUAUUAGAACAGGUACUAUUUCAAAUAUGAUAGAGGAAAAUGUCAUACAACCAUUAUUAGUUACAUCAACGGCAAUUAAAUUAGCCACUGAAACAGUUAUGAUGAUACUUAAAAUUGAUGAUACAGUCAUUUGCAGGUAA